UCCACGUGGAAUCGAUGGCGGCCCUCGGUUUCUGGUCUUCUCUUUCAAAAACAGUAGAAAGAGUAGAAAGGAAGAACUGAGGAAGGCUAAGUAAGGGGGAGAAUAAGAGAGAAUAGGGAAUUUUUCACUGCGAAAAAGGAUCGUUUGAUGACUUCUAAUUGAUUGAUUCCCACUGUUACGAAGUUUCAGAAGAGGGAGAUGUACCUGGCUUCCAUGCGAAAAUCUUUCAAGGAUUCUCUCAAAGUUCUUGAAGCUGAUAUUCAACAUGCCAAUACACUUGUAGGGCGUCCGAUUUUCCAAGGGAAUAUGAUGGUGCCUGUGUUCAGAUGCGUUUGUCGUAUAGUCCUGCUGCACACCUGUUUCUUUUUCUAGUGCAAUGGACAGACUGCCACCUUGCUGGUACCCUUGGAUUGUUAAGAAUCCUAAUUUAUAAGGUUUAUGUGGAUGGCACAACUACCAUGUCAACCCAUGAAAGGAAAGCAAGCAUUAGGGAGUUCUAUGGUGUAAUAUUUCCCUCUUUAUCGCAACUUCAAAGAGGGGUUACUGAUAUGGAAGAUAAGAAGCAGAAGGCAGUCUGUGUGGAAAGGUACAGGAGGAGAGAUGAUGACGAACGCAAACAAAUUUCAGAAGUAGAUGUUGAAAGAGAAGAAGAAUGUGGAAUUUGCAUGGAGAUGAAUAGUAAGAUUGUCUUGCCCAACUGCAGCCAUGUUAUGUGCAUGAAAUGCUACCGUGAAUGGCAUUCGAGAUCUCAGUCAUGUCCUUUCUGCCGUGACAGUCUUAAGAGAGUAAAUUCAUGUGAUCUCUGGGUCUUCACUGACAGCAGGGACAUAGUUGACAUGGCAACGCUUACUAGGGAGAACCUGAGGAGACUCUUCAUGUACAUAGAUAAGUUGCCUCUGGUCAUCCCCGAUACUGUUUUUGAUGCCUACGAUUCUCACGUGAAAUAGUCCACUUGGAUUUGAACUCACUGUUUCCUUAAUCUUCCAACUAGCUGUAGCUCCAUGCUCCCUUCAGCAUAGUUGCAGCUGAAAUCCAAAUCCACUUUGGUUAUCAUAGGUAGAAGAUUAGUAGUGCUUCUUAUUUCUUUUAUUCAAACAUGCCUUGUUUAUUGAGGCAUGAGGAUGAAGGAUGAGGUCCGUCCAUGAGAAGUGUCUAAAUUGUAUUUAGGGACCAUAUACAUGUCUGUACAGCUUGGGAGCUUGCCCAUAAAAGCUAUAAUAUCAAAUCUCACCACUAUAUUUACCAAAAACUAUUGGACUACUUGGAAAAAAGGCCAAUGAAUUUGAGUUAAUUGGGGUGAUGAGGUUUU